AUGUUCCUUGAAGCUCUUGAAGAUAAUAUGAAAAAAGUUAGAGAUCACAAACACUUAACACGAUAAUACUGAGGAGCUGCUCAUUCUAUAUGUAAUUUAAAUUAUAAGGUUCCUAGAUUUAUUCCAGUAUUUUUCCACAACCUAUCUGGUUAUGACGUUCAUUUAUUCAUAAAAAGAAUUUGGUAUUGAUAAACAUAAUAUAAAACCAAUUGCAAAUAGUGAAGAAAAUAAUAUAUUAUUUUCAAAAAAUAAUAUAUUAUUUUCAAAAAAUAUAGGAUAUAUGAAUAUAGAUCAAAUUACUAAAGACCCUGUUUUAGAUCAGGAAGGAAAACCUAUUUUUAAAACAGUUGAAAUAAGAUUUCUUGAUUCUUUCAAGUUCUUAUCUAGUUCUUUAGAAAAAUAAGCUAAUACUUUAAAACCAUACCAGUUUNAAAAUAGAUCCAAUAACUAAAGACCCUGUUUUAAAUCAGAAAGGAAAACCUAUUUUUAAAACAGUUGAAAUAAGAUUUCUUGAUUCUUUCAAGUUCUUAUCUAGUUCUUUAGAAAAAUUAGCUAAUACUUUAAAACCAUACCAGUUUAAAGAACUAUCUAAACAUUAUCCUGAAAAAUUGGAUUUAGUAAAAGGAAAAUUAGCAUAUCCUUAUGAAUAUAUAGAUUCUCCAAAAAAAUAUGAUGAAGAAUCUCAACCUAAUAUGGAUAAAUUUUACAGUUCUCUUACAGGUGAACAUGUAACACAAAAUGCAUAUAAAAAACCUAAAAAGAAUAUGGGAAAGAUUCAAAAUAAAAAAUAUUAGAGACUUUACCAUACUUUAUAAUAAAAUAUAUGUAUUAUUACUUACAGAUUUAAUGGAAAAUUAGAGAGAUGUUUCAAUAAGACAUUUUAAGUUGGAUCAUGUUCAUUAUUAUAUAACUCCAGGUUUUUUGUGGAAUGCUAUGCUUAGAAAAACAGGUGUAGAAUUAGAACUAUUAAGAGAUAUUGAUAUGUAUNAUCUCAAUGUAGUAUUAGAUAUUCUAAAGCAAUUAAUAAAUAUAUUGGAGAAAAAAAAGAACAAACAUUAACGAAAUGUUGAUUAACAAAAUCAAAAUAUCUUUUAGAUUUGGAUGCAAAUAAUAUUUAUAGAUGAGGAAAGUGUUAAUAAUUACUACAGAAUAUAUUUUAAAAAUGAAAGAUGACCAGGAAAAGGGCUAUAUUUUCGAAGUAGAUUUUAAAUACCCUAAAGAACUUCAAUAAAGAAUUACCAAAAUUAACAACAACUCUAUAUGAUAAGAAAAAAAAUAUUCUACAUUAUAUUAAUCUUAGGCUGUAUUUAAGUUAAGGUUUAAAAUUAGAAAAAAUACAUAGGGUAAUAAAAUUUGAUCAAAAAGAUUAGUUGAACACAAGAUUUAACACAAAUCUAUGUACAAAAACAGAAAAUGAAUUUGAAAAAGAUUAUUAUAAGUUAGUGAAUAACAGUAUAUUCCUUAAGAACAUAAUGAACACAAGAAACCAUAAACAUAUAAAAUUAAUUAAUGAUGGGAAAAUAUUGGAAAAGUGGAUUGCUAAACCAAACUAUUUUUACAGAAAACAUAGUAGCUGUGCAUAUGAAAAAACUAUGGUUAAAUUAAAACAACCAAUUUAUUUAGGAAUGUGUAUUUUAGAUUUAUUUCAAACUCGAAUUUAUGAUUUUUAUUAUAAUGUAUUGAAAAAAAUAUCAGAUCAUUAUACACAGACACAGAUUCUUUAAUAGUAGAAAUUACAACUGAUGAUUUUUAUACAGAUUUAAAAUAUAAUAAAUAAUUUUUAAAUUAAUUUGAUUUUUCAGAUUAUCCUGAGAAUAAUAAAUAUAGAAUUCCCCAAAUAAAUAAAAAAGUUCCAGGUAAAUUUAAAGAAGAGCUUAAUGGUCAAAUAAUGACUGAAUUUGUUGGUUUAAGAUCUAAAUUAUAUUCAUUUAAAGUAUUUGAAAAUAAAAAUGAAUCUGUUUUGAAAAAUUUGAAAGCAAAAGGUGUGAAAAAACCCAUAAUUAAAAAUGAAUUAUGUUUUAAUAAUUUUUAUAAUUGUUUAAAAAAUAAAAAAACAAAAUAUAUUAAACAGAACAUUUUUAGAACAGAUAAACAUGAAAUAUAUACUGUUGAACAAAACAAAAAAGCUCUUAGUGCAUACGAUGAUAAAAGAUAUAUUCUAGAAAAUGGUAUAAAUACUUUAGCUUGGGGACAUUAUUCAACAAAAAUAGAAAUUGAAUACCUUGAUAAUUUAAUAAAAACAAAUAAUUAA